AUGGACCAAGGGCAGAAUGUCACUAUACUUAUCCUCCUGGGACUUUCCCACGGCAAGAAUAUUGAAAUCUUUUGCUUUGUAUUAAUUAUUUGUUACAUUGCUAUUUGGCUGGGAAAUGUGCUCAUAGUCAUUUCUAUCAUGUGCACGCAGCUGAUCGACCAGCCCAUGUACUUCUUCCUCAAUUGUCUCUCACUCUCUGACCUUUGCUACACCUCCACAGUGACACCCAAGCUAAUGACUGACUUAUUGUCGAAAAGAAAACUUAUUUGUUACAAUAAUUGCAUGGUGCAGCUCUUUACCACCCAUUUAUUUGGAGGUGUUGAGCCCUUCAUCCUCACAGGCAUGGCCUAUGACUGCUUUGUGGCCAUCUGCAGAACACUGCACUACGUUUUCAUCAUGAGCAGGCAAUUGUGUAACACGAUCCAUGGCAUGCUACACUCUGCCAUCUUCUUACCCUUCUGUGGGCUCAAUGAGGUAGAUCACUACUUCUGCGAUGUGUACCCUUUGCUGAAACUGACCUGUUCUGACACACACAUAAUAGGUCUCUUAGUCGUUGCUAACUCAGGCUUCAUUGCUUUGGUGACCUUUGUUGUGUUGAUGCUGUCUUACUUGUUCAUACUGUACACCCUUCGGGCACACUCGGCAGCGAGUCGCAGCAAAGCCCUUUCCACCUGCAGUUCUCAUGUAACUGUGGUCGUGCUGUUUUUUGCACCUGCAUUAUUCAUUUACAUUAGACCUGCCAUGACGUUCCCUGAAGAUAAAGUGUUUGCUCUUUUUUAUACCAUCAUCGCCCCCAUGUUCAACCCUCUGAUCUACACACUGAGAAACAUGGAGAUGAAGAAUGCCAUGAGGAAAGUUUGGUGUCAUCACAUCCUUCUGAGAAACAAGUAA